UUCCGCCUCCCCAUGUUUCCCUCUUGUUAAGAAGCUCCACAUGCGCGCGCGCUCAGGCGUCUCCCGGUCUUGUUCGUGGUGAGGUUGUGUGUGUUUUCCGCUCUCGGGGAAAUAUAUUCCGGUGAUCCGGGCCUGUUCACACGGACAGCGUUAACUCUGAGCUGUUGUACUUGUGUGUUGCGCUCUCAAACGCAAUCCUCUGCAAAAAAAACCAACAACAACAUGGCAGACCCCAUGACACAGUCCCGUCAGAUAUCGUCGUCUCAAGGGCUGAACGAUGGACACUCCAAAGACUCGAAGUUUUCCGAUUCCUUUUUUUCCUCUUCGCCUGUAUCUCUCAUUCAGUCUUCUCAAGACAAACGGGUGGCACUGGACUCUGAGAAGCCAUCAGAAGGUGUGCCUACCUCACUUCGCUUUUCCUCCCAGCCAAGCUCAUUUUCUCCUGGGACUUAUGGAAACGAUAACUCCAUUCCCACGACUGGAAUCAAGGAUCGUAGUUUCCAAGAGAAAAGGGAGCUUUUUGAAUCAUCACUUGCGUCGCAAAAACAAGACUCUUCCCCUAUAAAGAUAUCUCCUGUGUCUGAGCGAAUUAAAGCAUUGGAAGCUCUGGCUGCAAAGCAGAAUGAUUCUGAUUGGAGUGAUACAGGGUUUCAUUUCAGAGAACGCCACUAUGAAAAGUCUCAUUCUGAGAUUCAUGGAAUCACUCUUCGUUCAUCCAUUAAGAAAAAACCCACAUCAAGUGAACAAGAUUCUCCUGAAUCGCCCUUUGAGAUACUUGGUGAUUCCAGGCGUGGAAGUGACUUCGAGGAUACCGCCGACUGGAUGAGAGCUCAUUUGCCGCCAGCGCCUAAUUUCAACAUUGCAGAAUCUGACUUUGAUGAAAUUAAAGAGUCUUCUGUAAUGCCUGAAUGUCCACCUGAUGAGACAAAGAGCAAAGAUGCAGAUGUACAAGGAAUUCCAUCAUCAUUUGUAGGUGUACCUGAUGAGUUCAUGGACAUCCCUGAUGAAAUGUCCAAACAAACCGACCAUGAUGAUUUGAAUCAGUCCAAGCAAGACACUGUUGAGGAUGAGUCCGAAUUCGAUCUCAGAUUUUUGCCUACAGCCUACAUGUGGGACAAGCAAGACAAACCUGAUGUGGAUACUCAAGAACCACCUUUCCUUUCUGAAACUCAGGACUCUGAGAUAACUUCACCUGCUGCACCGCCUGAUUCUUUUGAGGCUCCUCCUCUGGAGUCUUUACCUCCUGUUCCCCAAGCUGACUCUAAUGCAAAACAGCAACCUGCCACUCUAGGUGUAGAGACCCAUGAAGCCGACAGCUCUGGUGAAUCUGAUGAUACGGUUAUUGAAGAAGCCAGUGGUGUCGGUAAUGAUGCUGUCGAGUGUGGAUUCUCUCCAGACAAGCAGAUUAUUCCAAAUGAACAAGAGAAACGGGGUCUUCAGGUGCCUAUUAUUAAUGUUAUUGAAACAGAGGAACAGGUUCUCAGUGAUUAUGAAGUGGAGCCUGAAGAAGAGGAAGAUGAUGAGCAGAGAUAUCAGAUAAUGCAAGAAACUGCAACAGAGGCUUCAAAACCAUCUGAGGAGCUUUCCGAAAUUUCAAGAUCAGAAUUUGAAGAGGCUGCUCCAAUAAUGGAUGACCUUUUCUCACUGGAAAAUCUGGCAGAUUCUGAUGGAGAGUAUUCUCCAAAACAUAAGAUUAUCAGUGAUGUUAGCCAGGACACCAGUAACCAGACUUUCCUUCCCUCAAAGAGUCAUGGCAUGGAGGACUCUCAAACACAGUCAGCUGUACCACAGAAUACAGAUGAAACUUCAAGAGAAUCUUCCUUCAACAACGUAAAAUCAGACGAAACUACAGAAAUUGUACCUGACCUUCCACCUAGUUAUGAGGAUCUUACAAGUGAUUUUGACUCCAGUGAUAUAGACACAUACUUGGAUCAUUACGCUAGUGAGGAACUGGCUUUAAAAGACCAGUUGAACUCUGGUGUUUUUGCUGUAAAUAAUCGGGAUACGAACGAGUUACUAAAAUCUGACCCUCUUCAACAGAGUCAAAAUAAUACUGUGCUUGCUCAGCAGCCAUAUGAGGAAACUGUCGAUGACUUCAGUGCGACUAUUGAUGAAAGUAAGCAGAAUUAUGAUGCUGAACCUGAGCCUUUUCCUUCUAACAUUUCAGUGGCUGUCCCUAUGGAGCCUCUGUCUUCUCAAAAUACCAUGCCACAUCUAGCAUUAGAUGAUGAGAGUGUAGAAAUCGAGGACAAAAAGACAAAAUCCGAUUCAGGAAAUUUUUCGUUGAUUGAGGAGGACGAUUACAUCACUAGGCAUGAAGAAGAGUUGCCGUCUUUCCAACAGAACACGCUUGCUCAGUUUCCCUCUUUUCAUAAUGAUCCGUCCAGCAAUAUCAUUGAUGUGAUCGCUGAAUUUGUGGCCAGUGAUGUAACUGAGGGACUACCGAUGAGCAAUACUGAACCAGAUGAAAUAAGCCAGUUUGAUGAUCCACAUAAACCAAUAUCUCCAGAACCCAAAAGCAAACCCGACGCCAUUGAAGCAGAAUCCAAGCAAAAUGAAAUAGUCCAGCGGAAUGUUCCUGAUAUACAGAUAUCUGAGGAGCCCACAAACGUAUCUGAUCUUAUUGACACAGAAUUUGAACAAGAUGAAGUAAUCCAGUGCAAUGCUCCAGAUUCGCAGAUUUCCUCAGAAACCCCAAGCAAACCUGAGUCCACUGAGUCCGAAUCUUCUCCAACAGAUAGUUUUGUGGAGUUUAUGAGAGAGUGUUUGAAAUCUCAGCAGGAUGAGGAGUCUCAAAGCCUUGGUGCAGUACAGACCGCUAAGGAACCUGUAUCUGAUGCUUCCCCUUCCCCUGCUAUGAUCAUGGACAUGGAGCAAGAGUGCCUUACUAUCUGUGCUUUAAAAGAGCUUGGGAGUAGUCCUGACCAACAGGAUGAUAUCACCAUUCCUAAAGACAUUCCAAUCUCUGCAAAGGAAGUGCUUUCACAACCAUUAUAUCAGUCUGAAUCUUUGAUUUGCUCAAAUCCCUCUCCUCGCUCUCUACCGAAUGAGAACCAGCCAGAUGCCUCGCUAACCAAGGAGAUAGAGGCAAUCGACAUCUGGGUGGCAGAAGCCUACCACCUUGCAGAGCAUGUCUUGGCACUAAUACUAACCCACCUGACAGUGCAUGACUUGGUGUACUGGCGGGAUCCUAAAAAGUCAGGCCUGGUGUUUGGCAUUUCCCUGCUCCUGCUGCUGUCUCUGGCAGCGUUCAGCGUGAUCAGCAUCGUCUCCUACCUGCUCCUGGCACUGCUCUGCGUCACCAUCUCCUUCCGUGUAUACAAAUCCGUCAUCCAGGCCGUGCAGAAGUCCAGCGAAGGACACCCCUUCAAGGAACUGAUGGAGAAGGAUGUCAGCUUGCCUCCCGAGACCUUCCGCAAGCACGUGGACGUGUGUCUGACCUACAUCAACUGCGGACUCAAGCAAAUGUGCCGCCUCUUCCUGGUCGAAGACUUGGUAGAUUCCCUCAAGCUGGCUGUGGUCAUGUGGUUGAUGACAUAUGUGGGUGCCGUCUUCAACGGCAUCACCAUCCUCAUUCUCGUGGACAUCCUUGCCUUCACUGUACCACCAUUGUAUGAGAAAUACAAGACCCAGAUUGAUCGCUACAUCAACCUCGUACGCACUCAUGUUAAUGCUGUAGUGGCCAAGAUUCAGGAGAAGCUCCCGAAAGCAGCAAAGCGCACUAAAGCCGAAUGAUGCACCUCUCACGACUUCAUGACCACCUCCAGAAUCCCUGUAUCUCUAGCUUCCACCCCUCCCCAGUUUAACCUCUCCUUAUAAACCUCUUACCAGCCAUGUGCACUGAACCAGCUAGUCUCUUUAAAAUCUCCGAAGCUUCUCAAUAUUCUUCAAUGUUAACUCUGAAGCUUCAUUACGAGCAUUAGGGAAGAUGCUUGGUGAAGACGCUUACUGAAGCUGGUGACACAAAUGCAGGAAAUGACGUAAUUCCACAACUGAAUGUCCAUUUUUGGCACCCAACUUUGGGCAGGGUGUGUGAACUAGAUCGAAUCUUUGGCCUGGUUUCAGAGUGUCCUAAAAGCUGGUGAAAUAAAGACAAGGAUUUGACUUGGAAACUAACGUCUGUACUUAAACCUAACAAACAAAUUCAAUUAAAAAUGUAUCGGGGGUGGGUGGGAAUGGACAGAAGAAACCAGGAUGGAGGUGUUUGAAUAGACCGCCACCCUAAAGACCACCUACUGAUUUAUUCUAAAUCUGUGACACACUGUUACUUGACUCGCACAUACAGAUCGAUUAGGAUAUGAUGGACACUGCUCCAGCUGGGACGAUUCGCUCUAGUUUGCUUUACCCAUUUGGCGUUAAUUUUUAAUUGUGUAUGUAUAUAUAGUAAGAUUACAACAAGCUUUUUGCUGUGAAGAAAGUAGUUUGCAUUGCUUUUUAUAUUUAAUAUCAAAUAUUCUCUGGCGUCUGGUUAAGACUCCGUUUUUGUUUUGUUUUUGUUUUUUUUUUGGUUCACAUGGAAAUGUGUUAUGAUUAUGACUCUUAGGUCACAUGUAGGGUAGCUGCUCUUGACUCCCCAGGCUGGCAUCAUAAUGAGUAGUAUUAAUAUUUCUUCUGCUUGAGUUAUUGGUAUAGAAUCUUCAGAAACGUAAAGACGACCAUGCAACCUGUUACUGCUCUGAAGAGAACCAGGAAGAAGUCUGAAUAGUUUUGGCACCCUUUAUAAAGGUGGUCUUUUUGCUAUUCUGGGAUCAGCCUUCUGGCCUCAGAUCAGCGUUCAGACCAGCAGUAAUAACACUAUGUGUAUAGGUGGUUUUUUUUGACUUGGUGUAUGAAAGGUUUUUGUUAAUUUAACACAUGCCAAAAGCUGGAAACACAUUCUUGUUCAUUGCAUUCGUUUACACAGUUGGUUUCACAAGAAAUUGUGCUGUUACAAUAGAGCUAUUAUAACACGACUAAAGUGGCUUCGUACAUUCACAUCUAUAAGGGACUUUAAAAUAUAAGAGGAGAAACCUCAAUGCACUUUGCUUAUUGCCUGCUCGAUAUUUGGCACUGAAUAUUCUACCUGAAUCUCGCUUUAAAUGUACCUGGAAGCACUCUUAUCUUAGGCUUCAGUGUCAAAAGUACACCUGUAUUUAUUAAAGCACCAACAUAUUAAAUGAGCACCGGGUUCAUAGAGUUAACUACUGCUAAUACUACUACACACGUCUACCAACUGCUGAAUGUCCUACUAAUAUUUAUACAGAAUUCUGACUGUUGCAUGCAGCCCUACUCGUUUGUGUUGGAAACUGUUUCAGUGCAGUGCAAAUUUUGCUUCGUUGUGGAUUGUUUCAUGAAGGUUUAAUUCACUGAACAUGGCAUUGAUGUAUAGAACAUAACAUCACCCUUAAAGCUUGACUGUAGUCUCUGAGUCAGGAUCCUGAAUGUUUAUUUAGGCCUUUUAAGUUGUUUUCUUUUCUCCCGUUCAUGUGUCCAUGCAAACAGGACAUCUAGACACAGGUGAAAGUGUGCAUCGUUCGUACCCUUGUCCUCAUGUUGCUUAACUGACGUGUUAUGUAACUCUUGGGUGUGGUGAUGUUCGAAGAAUACGAUCUUUUUUUGUUUUGUUUUUUUUUUUUAAGUUGAAAAAUUUAUUUUUCCUUCCUUUCCCAGCACAUAAAGGAAUGCUCAUUUUUUUUAAUAGGUGCAAACCUCUCUCUUUUUCAUUCUAUAUAGCGUGUCCUAUUUCUCCAUAGUGUUUCAGUUAUAAACCUGCAUAUUUUUUAACUUAAUCCUAUAAUCUGCCAGCAUGUUUGCUGUCGUUUGUUUUGGAGUUUCUCUCAUGGGGAGGGAGUUGCAGAAGUCAUGUUUUCUUUGGUUGUUUGCUUUCGAGUCUAGAUGUGAUUAAUAUCCAUGUUGAGUUUGUUAGCAAUGAAUUAAGUUAAUCUGGGAGCUUUGGAAAAAAAUGGGGGGGGGUCCAUGUAAUUGUCAACAUGAAAUUAAUAAAAAUCUUAAAAAGGAA